AUGGAUUCACUACGCUUAGCCGUUAUUGCCGUUUGUUUGGCAGGUGUCGUAGUGGAUGGUGCCGGGUACUCCCAGUAUGCGAACCUCUCCGCCGUCUUUCACGAGGCCCCCAUGAGCAUCGGCGAUUGUUUUGCAGAGUGUAACAAAUUUACUCCUAAGGGAAACGAAGGAUUUACUUGCACUAGUGCAAAGUAUAUCCCCAACGGCGGAUUGUGCCGGCUAUUACUGGACAAGGAUGAGUGUACGAGCGGUUCUCAUGACUGUGAAGAGACGUGCGUCAACACGUGGGGAGGUUACAAGUGUGAGUGUACUGGGGAUAAGCUGCUCAGCUCGGAUGGUAGAACGUGCCAGAUACCUUUCAACACGGCGACAUUUACCAAUCUUGGCGCCACAGGGAGAACUGGGCCCACUUCCAUAGGUUCUCACUAUGAUGGCCAGGACCACGAGGGAAUGGUGACCUUAAUCAAUGGUAUCCAGUUUUUCACUAUACCCAUGACAGGCAACUACAGGAUCGAAGUGAAAGGUGCCGCAGGAGGCUGUGACCAGAAUCAAAAUAACUGCCAACAUCGUGCCCUAGGGGCCGUGGUCGCAGGGACAUUUAGUUUAAAUGCAGGUGACGAGUUGAAGAUUUUAGUCGGACAGAUGGGUCCUGUAAAUACUUAUUCUUCAACUGGUGGAGGCGGCGGUACGUUUGUAACGCGGGCUGAUGACACUCCUUUAAUUAUUGCUGGCGGUGGAGGAGGUGUGGAAACCCCCAGUGCGGCAUACGACACGUGCGGCGGGACCACGAGCACCACCGGCAACAACGGCUACGGCGGCUCGGCUUGGCCAGGCGGCUCCAAUGGACAAGGAGCGUCCACAGCAGACAGCAGUAACUCUGGGGGCGGCGGAGGUGGCCUGUUAACCGACGGACGCAGCAGUUCCCAGUAUGGAGGUAGCGGUACAGGGGGCGAGGGCGGGAAAGCUUUUGUUAAUGGAGGAGUGGGAGGAAGAUCUAAAUAUUAUGGCUCAGCAAACUACAAUGCAGAUGGCGGGUUUGGUGGCGGCGGAGGGGCUUACGGCAAUGGCGGAGGAGCAGGAGGAGGGGGAGGGUACUCUGGGGGAGCGAGUGGGGAUAACAACAGCAAUUCCUGCGGGGGCGGAGGGGGCUCCUAUAAUUCGGGCUCGAACACCACUGGAACUAGCAAGGCUCAUAACGGGCAUGGAUCUGUCACCAUUACAAGGCAAUAA